CAACUCAUGCAUCUUCAGAUCAGUGGCAGCAAAGCCACAACAGUUCUUUCUACCCAGAGCGGAGCUGAAAUGCCGCCGGGUUCCCUUUAACGUUAUUUUAUUACAUUUGAAGAAGGAUCGCUUUUGCUCCUAUUCAGAAAAGCGGGUUAAAAUCAGAGUUAGCGGGAUGCAAACGGCUUUCUAUCGGAUUUGUUUGGUUCUUCCAGAUCUCGCAAUGCCAGAAGCGACCGCCGGAACUUUGCGUUCCUGGAGUUGAGAACGAAAGGCGCAAAACCUGUCGAUUGGAUGUUAAUUGGAUUUUUUUUGCCAGUAGAAUCGUCCACCGCUAUUACUUGUUUAAAAGAAACCAAUCGGUCCCGAGGGGAUUCGGUAUAGUUUCGGUUUCGAGUUUUUUUUUCCCUCCCAAAAAAAUUCCGAAGUUGUGCCACUGUUUGCGGGAUUAUUUUUGCGGGAGAAGUGGUUGUCGGAGAGUUAAAUAGUCAGCGACAGAAUGCCGCUUCGACAAGAACACGGGAACGGAGACAUGGACCCGGAGGGGGUUUACCAGACAACCACGGAGCCCAUCCAUGGCUCGCACGCCUGCUGUAAUCUUGUCUACCUGGCCAAUCCCAGAGCAAAGCUGAAGGUGCUGCAAGUGGUCUUGUCAUUUGUGGCCUUUAUUCUGGAGGAGAUAGUGUAUAGCUGCAUGAACUGUCAUGCGCUUUACUUCUUUGAGUUUGUCAGCUGUAGUGCCUUCUUACUGACCACUUUCCUGCUAAUCAUACUGACUACUUCUCUGAGAAAUAAAUUGAACCGGAUCAGCUGGCCAACAGUGGACUUUGUGUACACUGCUGUGAUAGCGGUAUUUUUCUUGAUCGCCUCCAUUGUGUUUGCAGCACUGAAUGAUGGGACUGCUGUAGAGGGAGCCUCUGUGGCAUUUGGAUUCCUGGCUACUAUUGCCUUCACCUUGGAUGUGGUGCUGCAUUACAAGCGAGAGGGCCUACCCUGGAAGAAAAAGGAGGAUAAGCCAGCUGACUCCAAAAAAGUCCCUGAAAAUGUGAAAGGGGAGACCGAGCCUUUGAAUGAGCCAGGAAAUCCAGCUGUCUGAGCUACAGAAGCAGUUGUUCCAUGUAUAACAACAUAACCUGUUCUCUGCACAUAUUCAUAUUUUGAGUUUCCAGAGUUGAUCAGCAAAAAAUAAUUCAAAGCUUUCCUACACUCGCCCUGACUGGAAGGAAUUUAUUUCUUGCUUUGGGACUCAAUAUCUGAACACAAAGUGCUUUUUGUUAUUUACCUGGCUGCUAUAGUGCAAUCUACUGUAGAUCCAAUUAAAAUUAUUGAACUGAACUAAUGUUGCAACUUCAUAUAACGUUUUGGUGUCGGGGGGUCCUAGCUUGCCUCUUUGUAUCUCAGCUAUUAAAAAUUAUUAGGAAGCUCAAGCAACUUGUAUCUCAAAGCAAAUCAUAGUUAUGCCUUUAGAUGCUUGGAUAGAUCAAACUUUUAUUAUAUAAAAAAUUCUAAUUUAUUUUCGGUGUUGGUGUUCAUUUCAGUUUUACAUAGUUUUGAUGCAAAAAGACAGCACAAGUACAUCAAUUUCCCCAAUUUAUUUAACUUCCUUAUAGGGGUAGCAUUUCAGCAAUUAUAAUUGGGCUGAAGUGUAUGCACGACCAUGAGAAGAGACCUGAAAGCUUCCUGAUAAUUUGUAAGAUUCUUAGUGCUUUGUUGGGAUUUGAAUUGAACUGAAGUCUGCGCACUUAAAGCGUAUGGAUAUUUUGAUUAAUAGGCAAACCAAUCAGUUGGUGUUCAAGUUGGCUUUAAUCCCAGUGUGAACUCGGGUCAGUUCAGUGUUUUUCCAAGUUUCAAAAGAUACUUUAAUCUUUAAACAUAUUUCAUCCCCUGUAACGUUACUGCUAUAGGAAGGAACUUUCUUGUCCUAUUCAAUUUCCAGAAUUCAAGGUUAUUCUAAUAAAUAAUCAAAGUUUUUUUCCCCCAAUCAACUAACUAGAAUGUAUGAAGUACUAAUCUAAUGCUGACCCUGUAUCUGAAUUGGGUUUAAAAGCAUGUUUUCAUUAAGCAUACCAGUCCAGCCUUAACUUUUCCGUAGCUUUAAAAUUCAGUUAUUUACUGGCUGUAGUUACUACUGUUGUCACUGUCUGCUGUGCGCUCAAAUUCCAUAUAGGAAAAAGUAUAUUAAAGCAUAUGAAGGAGAUAAAUUGAUGGUGGUUGAAUCCAGUAUAAUUCGGCCAAUAUUACGAAGAUGGCUUUAGAACCACUUGUAUGAUGCGUAUUCAAUAAUAUGUUAUCCUAAUUGUAUAAUGAAUAUAUUUUUAUUAUGAUGUUCUCAAAAGACUGAUACAAUACUAGUGAAUUCGAAUUGGACAACCAGCACACCCAAACCUCAAUGUGUUAGUCACCAGUGAUCCUUGACUCAUUUGUUCUUUACAGUUAAUAUUCUGCUUUUAAAAACCAAAAACAUUUGCCCUUUUGCUAUUGAGGACUUGUGAUGUGUAAAAAUACAACCUUAGGAGAACAAAAAGGGAAUUUUGUACCAGCUCAUGGGGAAUGUAGAUGGCAUAGUUAAUACAAUUGCAAUAGAAAUUUUAAAUAUUAUUUGCAAAGCGUAUGCUUUGAUGUACAGGUAUGUCUAAGAGGAAUAAGGCAAUGUAUCAGCGUUUUCUUCACCAGACCAUUGGUUGGAAAAUGUUGCUAUACCGAAGCAGAUAUGAAAUAAGCAGUGCUUUCAGUGGUGUGCUCUAAUUUGCAGGUAGACUUCAGGAUUUCAUGGUUCAUGGAUUAUGUACAGAAUGAAUUGUUUGUAAUCUGGUUGGCUGUUGUAGAACUAAAUACUAACCAAGUGCUUUGUUAUUCAUCAAAAAGCUCCUCACUUUAAGAUCCAUUGUCGUAGUUUUGCACUACGCAAAAACUCCAGCCAAUUUACUGUGUUCUCAGAUAUUGUUGAUUCAGUAGAUUUCUCAUAUUUUCUAAUUAUUAGGGGGAUCUCAAGCUGGCCAAGAGGCUGAUUUUUCUAUGUAGUAAACAUGCUUCAGACAUUCCAAGAGAAAUAAAGCACUUGAAGGGAUAGUCCCUUCUAUUCAGAAACCUGGUAUUUCUGAUAUUUUAUUGAAUAAAUUUUGCACCUUUCAGUAACUUUUACCAAAUUAAGUCUGCCUAAUACAAAGUACAGUCUGGAAACCCACAGCCUCUACAUUACAAGCUCUAUUGGUGUGUAAUUAUCACAGACUUGCAGUGUAAUGCAACUUGCUGUAGAAGAAUUAUUUUACUGUCAAAAAUUCUUGGUUUAAUUUUUAGAGGAUGAAAUUGGUCUACAUCAGCAAUAUGAAAUAAACUUAUAGCGACUCAGCAACCAAUUUGUUACCGUGCCCAGUCUUUUUUCCAAUGAGGUUCAUAGAACAAUAGUUCAAACGCUAUUUGGAGACUCAUUUAAUUCGGCUGGAUUUUACGGGGUACUGUAUCCGCUGCCAUGACCCAUCUUAAAAAGUUGGUAGGGAGAUAGUCCACCAAAAAAGUUGGCUACCCUCAGUCAUUUUACACUGGAAGCAGCAUUAAUUGUCUAAUUUUGAAACUUCUGCCCCAUCUGGGGAGGAGGGCUCGCCUUAGAGAGCUGCCAGCCAAUCUGAUUUUCCAGCAGCUCUGUAGUCCCAGCAGCACUGGGUUCAAGCAGUAGCCACUUCUGUGACUUGAGGCAGCCCCCAAACAAGAGGUGGCUAUGGAGCCGGACUUCAUGAUAUGUCUGAGCUAUUAGCAGAAUCUGGCUGACGGACCCGUGGGAGAAAGGUUGUGGGGGGGGGGUUGCGAGAAUUACCUCUGAUGGGCACACCACUUUCCUGACACCAGCCCACAUAGUAAAAGGUGCUGGGCUACCCAAUUGGUGGGGGCCUUCCCCUACUGUGGGUAAAAUAGCAACAAAGGCAGAAUGGGGCACUUAAGUGGUAUUAAUUGGUGACUUAAGGGCCUCAAUUGGCCUAAGGUUGGGUGGGCUGCCUGACACCUCCCACACCCACCACAAAAUGGGAGUCAGGUCGGGGGUGGCCACGCACUGCAUUAUUUAGAGCCCCCACCUUCAAACACGCUGGCAGGGGCUUUAACAUACAGCCCCUAGCGUCUCUGUCACUUUUACUUGGUUUGAAUUUAAAAACCUUGGCAAUAUUUCCCAAAUCAGUGGAAAAUAAAAAUGGUUGCAGUGAAAAACUGGCAGCCAAUUCUCUAUGCAUCUGCUUUCACAACUGGCGUUGGCCAAUUUCACCCCGAUAAUAUUUGAAAAUCUUUUAUCGUACACUCUUGUUGAGGUUACCCACCUGUGGCUGGAGUUCUGUUUAAAAAAAAAAGUGCAAAUGUCACCUUGAGUCUGCUUGCUACUGAGUAAGGACCUUUAAUCUGGGAGAAGAGUAAAAAUCUACAUUUCAGUUCAAUGUUAAUUGGAUUUUAAUAAUAUUACAAACCUUAGAUUCCAGAGCACUGCUUUAGCCUUGUGCUGUAAAAAUGUUAUUGUAGAUGUGCACAAAUAUUUGUUUCGUAUAUAGUUGUAUGUCUUGAAACAACCUUAACCUGAGAAAAACACUAUGUAUUGCAUGAUCAAUUAAAGCAAAUUUAUAUACUU